AUGACCGCGUCACAAAAAACAUUUUAUCUCUGGUUCGAAGAAAAUUACAAGAACAUACCAUAUUACAUUUACGUUUUAUUCACUUUUAAAAUCCUUCUGAAAAUCGAAAAUAUCGGAUAUGAACAUUUAUCACUCAAUGAUCUCGAAAAUAGUCUAUACAAAAUAGGAAAACUUCGUCAUAAACUAUUAGAGUCGAAUAGGCAUCCAGAUUUAUCGAAAUAUUAUAAACAUCGGGAACUAAUAACCUCAAAGAAGAAUUGUUUUAAGAAUUUACAAGCAAAUUCAUUACUAAGUUUUACUCUCGCCCAAUUGGUGGAUGAAGUUGAUAGAGCCGCAAAGUAUCGGGCAUAUAAAAAGAAAGAGAAUGAUAGUGAUUCAGAUGGAGGAUAUUAUCAUUUAUUUGAAGUUGAAAAUUUUUCGUUUUCUCCUGAGAACUUAUUCCGAUGGUUAAAAAGAUUCAAAACAAGUAGGAAAUCACCCUUCCGCGCGAUUAUUGAAGAACAAAUAUCGAUAUUAUAUGGAGUUGGAGACACUAUUGAACAUAUAGUUAUGUUGCAAACACUUUUACGAAAUGGAGUUGAUCCGUUUUUAGAGUUUGAAAAUGGGAAAAAUAAACCUACACAAGAUGAUGCGGAUAUUUGGUUAAUUAUGGUGUAUACAACUAGUAAACUUUUAGAAAAACUCGAAAAGGAUAUGGUUGAAAUUGAAGAACCACAAAUUGAUUUUAUAUACACACAAUUAAUUAAUGACUUAGAACCAUUUUUAAAGACAAUUCAAGACAUUACUAUUGAUAUACGAUGGAAAGAAUCCGAAUUAAUCGAAGAUUAUCCACAAUAUACAAAUAACAAAUUAAAUAUAAUCUAG